GCCAUCAUUGCAUUCACGGACUGCAGGAAGAAGGUGAAGACAGAAUAUCCCUAAAUGGAUAUUACGAAGAUCACCUUCAGAGAGCAAGAAGGAGGAGUGGAGGAAGACGGUGAGAGCAUGUCAGCAGACUUCCGUCCUCAGAUCAAAUUGAGGUGGGAGCAUGAUGCAAAUGGACGUGCUGUUUUCCCUCCACAUUUCGACUUCGAGUUUGUUGCAGUGGAGGAAGAAGGGGCAAAGGUGGAGGAAGACGAGAUGGAGGCAGGAGUGGAAGGAGUUGAAGUGGAUGAGAGCCAACCAGUUCCAAAAGUGGAAAUUCAUCCAGUUCCCUCCGACAAUGAGCAGCCUCCUCUGCCAGACGAGCAGCAGCCAACACAGCCACCUCCUCCAGCUGAGCAGGAGCCAGUGGAGCCACCUCUCCCAACAGAGAAAUAAUUUUAUUUUUUAAUUUUUUGUAAAAACAUUUAGACAGUUUGUAACACUGUUAUUUUGUUAAAUAAAAUUAUAUAUUUGUU